AUGUAUGCAUGGGAAGAGGCAUUUGUAAAAUUUGUGUAAAUAAUAAGAGAAAAUGAAAUAAGUAAAAUAUUAAUUAUUCAAAUCAUAUACUCGUUCUAAUAAUCUUUUACUUCUAUUGUUGAUAUGCUUGCCUGCUUAAUAUCCUUCUUGAGUAUAUAUUAUUUUGGGGAUCCUUCAGUUUUAACAGUUCCAAAAAUGAUUUCUGUUAUGGAUUUAUUCUCUUAUACUAAAUAUGAGCUAGUAACCUAUAUUAGCACAGGAAUUACUGGUUUAUUAGAGUUUAAAGUAAUUAUCAAGAGAAUAUUGGCUGUGCUAACGAUACAAGAGCAGUCUAUUUAAUAAAUAACCGAUUUAUCAACUAAAUCAUAAUUAGAACCAUUAAUCUUAGAUAAAUCAUUACCAAGAGGAAAAAUAACUAUGAAAGAUUUCAGCGCUUAUUGGAAUUUAUAAACUCCCGUUUUAAAAAAUAUCAAUCUCGAUAUUCAGAACGGAGACUUAGUGGCAAUAAUUGGAAGAAUUGGAAGUGGAAAAUCAUCACUUCUGAGCUGUAUUCUCUAAGAAAUCCCUUAUUUUAAGGGAAGCUUUAGCUUCAAUGGCAGGGUAGCCUACGUAGAGCAAGAGCCUUAUAUUUUCAGUAGUUCAAUUAAAGAAAAUAUUAUUUUUGGGUCUGAAUAUAAUGAAGAUCUCUAUAAGUAAGUUUUGGAAGCUUGUGGUCUUAAAGAGGAUAUCAAAUUAUUUAUAAACUAAGACAUGACUUAAAUAGGAGAAAGAGGAACCAAUUUAAGUGGUGGAUAAAAAGCUCGUAUCUCAUUAGCACGUGCUAUUUAUUCUUAAUCUGACAUAUAUCUAUUAGAUGAUCCUCUUUCUGCUGUUGAUUCUAAGGUAGCUAAGCAAAUAGUUGAAUAGGCUAUUUUGAAAAUGUUGAAAGGAAAAACUGUUCUAAUGGUAACUCAUCAUCUUGAUUUUGCUUAAAAAGCUGAUAAAGUUUUGAUAAUUAAGGAAGGUCUAAUAGCUAAUUAAGGAAAUUAUGAUGAGAUAAAAGCUAAUAUAGAAGAUAUUGAUAGUUGCUUAUGCUCAAAUGAUGAAGAAACAUCAACACAAUCUAAUGAAAAAAUAAAACAAGUACUGUAAGAAAGUAGUAGAUUAUAAGAUGAAUAGAAUAUUUAAUAAGAGCUUAAGAAUUACUAAGAAAAAGAACAAAUUACAGAUAAAAUAAUUUAAAAUAAUAAAAUUUAGAAUAUUUUUACAAAAGAAUAAGAUGAGGAUAUGACAGUAAACUUUAAAACUUAUUAGAAAUAUUUUGGAUAUUCUUCAUUGAAAUGGUUAAUUUUUUUAGUGCUCGCUUUAUUUAUUUCAAGCGAUAUUGUUUAUGUAUUAUAUACAAAAACAAUCUCAAACUAUACUUAAAACGAAGAUGAUCUCUUGGAAAUACUUUAUUAUUUGGGUUAUUUAACAUUAAUAUUUUUUGUUAAUUACUUGAGUAAGUAUUUGCUUUUUACCUUGAUCGUUAAUAGUAGCAACAAAAAUAUUCACUAAAAUAUGAUUAAAUCAUUAGUUAGAGCUGCUAUUCAAUUUUUUGAUGGAACUCCAUCAGGUAGAAUAUUAAAUAAAUUCUCUUCUGAUUUAGGUAUAAUAGAUUAAUUAAUAACAAGGACUAUGAUCAGUUCUUUAGAAAUACUUUCUAGAAUAUCUGUAGCUAUAAUUACUAUUUUGAUAAUUAAUCCUUAUUUUUUAAUAGUUGUGUUUAUUUAGACAAUUUUAAUUUGGCUUUUCGUUAGUUUUUCUAAAACUCCGCUUUAGUAAUCAAAGCAAUUAGAUCUUAGACACCGCUCACCUAUAUACACCUGCUUUAACUAAACUAUUUAAGGAGCUCUUCCAAUCAGAUCUUUCAAGAAGCAAAAAAUAUUCUUAGAAAAUUUCUCUGUUCUUCUACACAAUUCUUUAAAAACAGCUCUUACUUUUAAUUUCAACUAAAGGGCUUUUUCGUUUUACAUUCAUUUGGCUACAGCAUUAUUUUCUAAUAUUGGAAUAUAUAUGAUUAUGCUAAUAAACAAAGAUUCAAGCUCUUUAGGAUAAGCUAUUAUAUUUUUUAUAAGUAUUAGUGAUGCUAUGCAGUUUGGAUUGAGGAUGAUAAUAGAAACAGAUAUAUCAAUGUCUAGCGCUUAAAGAGCUAUGAAUAUGAUAGAUAUUGUUUAAGAGCCUGAUCUAAGAUGUGAAAAUGACAAAAUUUUUAUCUAAAAUAAAUAAGAUGCUAUUUAAUCAGACAAUUAAAACAAAAAUUAUAUUUUUCCAGUCAAAGGAGAUAUAGAAUUUUAAAAUGUUAAAAUGAAAUAUAGAAAAGAUCUUAGCUAUGUUCUAAAUGGAUUAUCUUUUAAAAUAAAUGCAGGAGAAAAAGUAGGAUUUAUAGGCAGAACAGGAGCUGGAAAAUCUUCAAUAAUAUAAGCAAUUUAUAGAUUGACUGAAAUUGAGGAUAAACCUGAUAAUAUUGCAGAAUAAGGAUUUAUCAAAAUUGAUGGAUAUAAUCUAAAAGAGUUAGGAAUACACACAAUUAGAUCAGGAAUUAGCAUUAUUCCUCAAAUGCCAUUUGUUUUUUCUGGAUCGAUUCGCAGAAAUUUAGACCCAUUAGAUGAAUACACUGAUGUAGAAAUCAACUAAAUUUUAAAAGAAAUUAAUCUUUCAGAUAAGAUAUCCAAACUUAAAGAAGGUUUUUUUACAGAUAUGUCUAAUACUAAUGAUCUUUUUAGUAGUGGAGAAAAGUAAUUGAUAUGUUUAGGAAGGGCAAUUUUGAGAUAAAGUAAAGUGAUCCUAUUAGAUGAAGCAACUGCAAACUGCGAUUAACAAACUGAUAAAUUAAUCUAACAAAAAAUUAGAGAAAGAUUUAAAAACUCUAAUGUGAUUACAAUAGCUCAUAGACUGAAUACUAUUGCUGAUUACGAUAAAAUUUUUGUCAUAGAAAAUGGUGCUGUUGCUGAAUAAGGAACCCCUUACGAUCUCCUCUAGCAAGAAAAUAGCAUUUUCAAGGAAAUGGCUCUUUAAACUGGAUAAAAUAAUUUUAAAUAAAUAUUUUAGUUAGCUUAGCUUUGCUAAAAUAACUCAUGA